AUGAAUUUCACGGUUUCAUUCGAUAUCGUGGGGCAAGUCAAAGCUGCCAUCCAGGCGGCCUUCCUGCCAACCCUGAUUGCGCUCCUGAGGGAUCCCAUCCUCCUUAUCCGACCCCAUGAAGUUUUGCGCAUCAUCAUGGCCCAUGUCUGGAGGUUGUACGCCGAUGCAAUUGAUGACAAUGCUCGUCCCACCAAGGAAAAGCUGCUCCCGGCUAAUUGUUACGGUGUCCGAGUCCUCCACAUCGGAGCCGGCCACGGACAGACGGCUCUCUACCUCGACCCCACCAAGGUCACGAAGUACGUCACACUCGAGCCAAACACCUUAAUGCACCCCAAGAUUCGCAUCACCGCAGCCAAGAACGGGUUCACGGAAGAGACCGGCACGCUCCUCAUCCUCCCAUAUGGCGCCGAGAAAAUCUCCCUUAUCACGUCCGCUCUCGGGGGCGCACAUGCCGUCGACACUCUCGUCUCAAUCUUCUCGCUCUGCUCCAUACCCGAUCCCGAGCAGACCCUGACCGCGUUUGUCAACGACGUGCUCAAGCCUGGGGGGACGCUGCUGUUCUACGAACAUGUUUUGAGUCCAAGGGAGGAUGUCGCGAGAUGGCAGCGAUUCUGGACCCCCGUAUGGGUCUAUAUCAUGGACGGGUGCCGUAUGGACCGCCCUACGCAUUUGUGGAUCGAGAAUAUGGACGCAUGGGCAGAGGGAAGCGUGUGGGGGAAGGACGAUGAGCCUGAAGAACAUCUGUUCUGGCGGCGGGCCGGACGGUUUGUGAAGAAGGAUGAUUGA